CGCAGCUGAGAAUUUUUUUCCGCAAUUAAACAAUAAAUUAUUAAUUAAAAUGAAUCGUGUAAAGACCACGCAGUCGAAGACUGGCGAAAUCAUAGCCUACAGCGAAGGAGCAAUUCGCAACAACAUAUCUGCCGUCGAAUACUGCCGGACAUCGAUGGCCGCCAUCUCGGGCUGCGCCGCUGGUAUCUUGGGCCUGAGCGGAACACUGGGAUUCCUCUUCUACUUCCUGUCGGUGUUUGUGCUGUGGCUGAUGGUGCUGCUGAAGUCGGGCACGCAGUGGCGCAAAUACUUCAUUAGCCGCAGCAACCUGCUGACCAACCAAUUCAUGGGCGGCCUUUGCACCUACGUGCUCUUCUGGACAUUCUUGUACGGCAUGGUUCAUGUGUAUUAACUUUGCGCAUUCACAAACAAAUAGAACAAUAAACAUAAGAUUUGACUAGGCAAUACA